UGAAAUGGUUGAGCAUCUCUGACCACGUGGCGUCACGUGGUGUCUCAAUUACAGUUAAGUAGAGCCCCUCUUGAGGUCAGCUUGCUGUUGUCGUCACUCAUUCUCUCUAAGAACGUUUACUUGGCUGUAGAACGUAGCUCUCAGUUAUGCAUCUCUACGUGUUGAUCAUAUCGCUGCUGCUGCCGGCUUCUACCUUGUCCAACCCAGGUGGUAUCACGCCAGUUGACAUAAAUGACCCUCAAGUUCAAGUAGCUCUCAAAUUUGCCGUCAACGAAUACAACAUGAUGAUAAACUGUGCCUUUUGGGUAAUCGAAGAGUCCGUUGCAAAUGUCACAGAACAGGUUGUUGCAGGCAUGCUCUUCCGUUUCUAUGGCGUUGUAUUUGUACCAACCGUUUGCAGGAAAAUGGCACCCUUUGACCCAAAAAAUUGCCCUGUUGCUGAACAUCCAACGAGAACAACAUGUGAUUUUCAAGUACUGUUAGGAAUUAAAGACAAAAAGGAGUUGUCUCAUCUUGAUUGCAAACAUUGAUCUAUUAUAAAAAAAGGUUGGACAUAGAUCCAUGGCGAACGAAAACUUUUUGGCCAAAUAAACUCUGCA